AUGGCUGUCAUGAUGAUGAAGUACAUGCCUCAUGCUCAGAUGAUCCUGGCGCAGGCCGCCUUCAACAGGGGGCUCAACCCCUACGUCUACGUCACCUACCGCUACCUCCUCGCCGCCUGCAUCCUCUGCCCAUUCGCCUACUUCUACGAGAAGACGUUGAGGCCUAAAAUGACACUGAUGCUGUUCCUAGAGAUAUUCGUACUGUCACUUCUAGGGGGGAGCUUAACUCUGAACAUGUAUUUCUCAAGGUUGAAGUACACAUCCCCAACUUUUGUCACCUCCAUGAUAAACACAGUGGCUUCAAUCACAUUCGUCAUCGCCAUCGUCCUCAGGAUGGAGAUCGUAGACGUGAUGACCCUGCGAAGGAUCGCGAAGAUCGCAGGGACCAUGGUGUCGUUGGCCGGGGCGACCACCAUGAACCUUUACAGAGGAGCGGCGGUGAAGAGGCUGUGGAGGGCGCCCAUUCACAUACACGGCACCGGCGGCAGCGGCGGCGGCGUUGAUCAUGUGGUGGCACAUGAGAGCUGGGUGAAAGGGUCGCUCCUCGCGCUGGCAAGCUGCAUCUGCUGGUCAAUCUGGAUCAUCUUGCAGCGCGACGUCGAAGAUUGGCUCAUUGGCUUCGGCCUCAACUUCUGGUGCAUCGUGUACACGGCAAUCGCCUGCAAUGGCCUGACUGUGAUCAUUCAGCUGUGGUGUAACAAGAAGAAAGGCCCUGUGUUUGUCACCAUGUUCAAUCCCCUCCUCACCGUCAUGGUGGCCAUCCUCGCCUAUGUCGUCUUUGGUGAAAAUCUCUACGCUGGAAGCGUGAUUAGAGGCGUGCUUGUGAUUCUGGGGCUUUACAUGUUGCGGUGGGGCAAGGACAAAGACCAAGAGCAACAACACUGA